GCGAAUGGGUGGGAAGGGCCCCCAGCGAGCUCCGACCGGGAUUCCAUGCUCCCCAGUGACAGCAGCGGCAGGAAGCUGGCGGGUGCUACUCCGGCGCCAAGGCCUCUGGUUCCCCGAAGGGCGACAUCGGACAUUUCCCUACGUAACUCCCAUCUCUGGGCCCCGAGUCUGUGCAUGGCGAAGUCCCCGGAGAACUCUACCCUGGAGGAGAUUCUAGGGCAGUAUCAACGGAGUCUCCGGGAACGUGCAAAUAGAAGCAUUCACCAACUGAAAUGUGCCCUGAGAGAAGGUGAUGUCACCGUUGGAGAAGAUGCUGCGGGUCCCAGUGUGGAAAAUGAGGAAAAUGAGGAAAAUGAGGACGCUGGGACUGCCUGGCAUGAACUGCGACACAGCCAUGCCGUUAAUCAGCUCAAAGCUUUGUUGCGCCAACAAGCAACUAAGGAAAGUGAGGUGUCUCCAUCAAGAAGGCGAAAAGUGUCCCCUCUGCUGGCGUCAGAAGAUGAGGAAGCCAACGUGCCUACCAUCCACAAUCUUGUUCCGAUCAUCAAUGACCAGUCUCAGUACAUUCAUCAUUUAGAGGCAGAAGUCAAGUUCUGCAAGGAGGAACUCUCUGGAAUGAAAAACAGGGUACAAGUAGUUGUGCUUGAAAAUGAAAGUCUCCAACAAGAGCUGAAAUCUCAAAGACAAGAGGAAGCAAUGAGGGAACAAACACUUCUGGAUGCAUCUGGAAACAUGCAGAAUUCUUGGAUUACAACAGGUGAAGAUUCUGGGGUGGGUGAAGCUGCCAAGAGACGAUUCUCCCAUGGCAAUGCGGAUAUUGUCGUAGGUGCAUCUGCUGGGGAAGCUGAAAAAUGGAAACUAGAACUGGAGAGGCUGAAACUUACUUAUGAAGAAAAGACUGAAGUCCUAGAAUCUCAAUUGAAAUUUUUAAGGAAAGACUUAGCUGAAUAUCAGAAAAAUUGUGAAGAUCUUAAAGAGCGACUGAAGCAUAAAGAGUCUCUCCUCGCUGCGAAUACUUCUAACUGGGUUGGUGGCCUGUGUUUGAAAUGUGCUCAGCACGAAGCUGUUCUUUCCCAAACCCAUAAUAAUGUUCACGUGCAGACCAUUGAAAGACUGACUAAGGAAAGAGAUGACUUAAUGUCCGCACUAGUUUCCGUCAGGAGCAUCUUGACAGACGUGCAGGAAAGAGAAGCCGGCGCUUAUGAGCAGGUGAAGCAAGCCGUGCAAGUGGCCGAGGAAGCCAAUUUCGAGAAGACCAAGGCUUUAAUCCAAUGUGAACAGUUGAAGAACGAACUGGAGAGGCAGAAAGAGCGACUUGAAAAAGAACUCGCAUCGCAGCAAGAAAAAAGGGCCUUUGAGAAAGAGAUGAUGAAAAAGGACCUAACAAAAGAAAAGGAGGACCUGGGAUCAAAGAUAUUGUCCCUGUCUCAAAAUAUUGCCCAACUGGAGGUCCAGGUUGAAAAGGUUACAAGAGAGAAGAUUUCAGCUAUUAAUCAACUAGAGGAAAUUCAAAACCAGCUUGCUUCCAAGGAAAUGGAUGUCACAAAGGUGUGUGGGGAAAUGCGCUAUCAGUUGAAUAAAACCAAAAUGGAGAAGGAUGAGGCAGAGAAGGAGCACAGAGAGUACAGAGCAAAAACUAAAAGGGAUCUUGAAAUGAAAGAUCAGGAAAUAGAGAAAUUGAGAUUAGAAGUCAGUGAAAGCAAACAGCACUUGGAACGGGAGCAGCAGAAGGCAGCCGGGGCCAGAGAGGAGUGCCUGCAACUGACAGAUCUGCUGAGCGAGUCCCAGCACCAACUGCACCUCACCAGAAUCUCGCAGAUCUGCCUCUUCCCCCUUGAUCGACUCUAUGAAAAUGUCUCAGUUCUUUGUCCUGCGGUCCUGCAGAUAUUUUCACAUCCAAGAGAAGGUCUUGCCUUGAGACUGGAAAAAGAUAGCAUUCAGCAGAGGCUUAGCAACGAAGCAAAGGCCCAAGCCCUUCAGGCCCAGCAAAGGGAGCAGGAGCUGACACAGAAGAUACAGCAAAUGGAGGCCCAGCAUGACAAAACUGAAAAUGAACAGUAUUCACUGCUGACCUCCCAGAAUACAUUUUUGACAAAGUUAAAGGAAGAGUGCUGUGCAUUAGCCAAGAAACUGGAACAAAUCUCCCAAAAAAGCAGAUCUGAAAUAGCUCAGCUCAGUCAAGAGAAAAGGUAUACGUAUGACAAACUGGAAAAGUUACAGAGAAGAAAUGAUGAAUUGGAGAAACAGUGUGUCCAACAUGGGAGACUACAUGAGAUAAUGAAGCAAAGGCUGAAGCAGCUGGACAAGCACAGCCAGGCCACGGCCCUUCAGCUGGUGCAGCUUCUCAACAAGCAGAAUCAGCUUCUGCUGGAGAGACAGAGUCUGCAGGAAGAGGUGGGGCGUCUGAGAUCCCAGACUGCACACCUGGUGGCUUCUGUGCUGCUUCGCUGGGCAGGUCACAAGAGCAUUAACAGGCCUGGACUUCGAGGUCCAGCUGCCGAGGUUCAAAUCUCAGCUCUGUACCACUUGGGUUACCCAGCAUGCCACAAUCUGAUUGCUGACCUGGAUGAAACAGAGUGA